AUGCAAGUCAAGCAGGCAAACCAGAAGGUGAGGACCAAUGCUGUGUUUGCGGUGAGAGGGGGGGCUGCCAUCACAUGUGCAGAGAGCGGCUGUGAGCGGAGCUUUCAUCUGCCCUGUGCCAAGGAUGGACAAUGCGUCACCCAGUUCUUUGGUUGGCAAAGGUCCUUCUGCUGGGAGCAUCGCCCUCGACAGACCGCAGUGACAGCUCCAGCAAGAGGCACCACCUGCGUCUUGUGCCGGCAGACCGUGGGGAACGUUGCAUCCUACCACACCCUGGUGUGCCCAGUGUGCAAACAUGCCUGGUUCCACCGGGCCUGCGUCCAGCAACAGGCCUUGAAUGAAGGCAUUGCGUGCUUCCGGUGCCCUGCCUGCCAAGACAACACUCUGUUCUGUAUUGAAAUGUCCAUCCUAGGGAUCCGAAUCCCUGACAGAACACCAGAGCGGGAGGACAAUCGUGCAUCCGCAGUGGUUUUGCAGAGGCACGGGCACUGCGACGCCGUCAUCUGCUUUUGCGCUGGAGGCAGGGAUCAGGCAGAAGAAGAGGGGCCCUGGCAGCUGAUCCCGUGCAGCUCCUGUGGAGCGCAGAGCACCCACCGAGAAUGCUCCUACUCGAGCAUCAGAACGAACAAGUGGGACUGCGACAGAUGUGCUGGCCUGGGUACCGCCUCCAGCACCAUUGCGCAGCUCGCGGCCCUCAGCGCUGCCAGCCAGCAGGGCCUGGAGCCAUCCCACAGCCCCCAGGAGCCCGAGGACAGCUGCUCCGGCCCCACCAUCCAGCCAGCGUCGGGGCCAUCCCACACUUCCCAGCUGCUGGAGCUCAGCUGCCAGACCAGUGUGCAGGGCACAGAACAAGGGACAACCUGCUCAGCUUUUCCUGACCAUCAGGACGCACCUGAGCAGUGCCAAGCACCCUGUGGGAGCAGCCAUACACCCACCCCCGGCACUGGAAGCAGCUCCCGCCCAUCCACCGCACAGGGCACUUUGGGAUCCUCCAGAGCAGCCACAGCGGCUGCGCGCAGGAGGCGUCCCAGGCAGCGGGGAACAAGCCGGACACGGAGCCGCUCCCCGCUGCAAGGUCGGGCCCCACCUUCCCAGAGCCGGACCAGAAGACCUCAGCGCAGCAGGCGAACACCAUCUCCAGCUGCUCAGAAGAGAACUCGCAGCACCAGCAGACCGGCGACACGGAGGACCUUGAGGGCUUCCCUGCGUCCAGACAGCAGGGAAUGGCCCAGGCAGCCAGGGGAGGCCCGCAUGCAAAGCCGUUCCUCAGUGGCACGUCGAGUGCCACAUGUCCACAGCCGGCACUGAGGAGGCUGCGGGAGCCAGUUCCAACAGUGGGGGCUAUCCCAGGCAUGAAGACCUCCUGGGUCUAACAUGCAAGCCAACAUCCCACCCCGCCAAGUCAGCCCGAAAAAUGAUGAGAUGGAUGCAGUUCCAACAGCGAGGGCUAUCCAGGGCAUGAAGACCUCCCGCAUCCAACAUCAAAGCCAGCAAGCAUCCACCCCCCCCCAGCCAGCCCCCCAAAAGGUGGCAUGAAAGCUGUUCCAACAGUGGCAGCUCUCCAGGCAUGAAGUCACUCCUGGGUCCACCAUCGAUCCAACAUCCGCCUCCCACUCCCCACAGUCAGACCAAAAAUAGAUAACACGGAAGCAGUUCCAACAGCACGGGCUACUCCGGGCAUGAAGUCACUCCUGGAUCCAACAUGGGAGCCCACAUCCACACUUCUGCCCCAUUAGCCUGCAACAGCCGUGUGCCAGCACCAUGUGCUGGCUCUAGUCCAAGCUAUCCAACACAAUAAACCCAACCAUCCCACACACAUUUCUGUGUCAGCUCCUCCUUCUCCGUUUGUCUAUCCUGAGGUGGGCAGAACUGGGCGCUGGGAUCAUAGGGUUUUCUCCUCCUCAGCACCUUCCCAGUGGCUGUGCAAAGGCUGCUCGGCAGCUCGUGGACAGCCUGGAGAAUUGGGCGCAGAGGAACUUGCCGAGGUUCAGCAAGGCUGAGUGCAGGGCCCUACACCUGGGGAGGAAUAGGCGCACGCUUCUGUAGAGUUAGGAGCUGACCUGCUGGAGAGGAGCUCUCUGGAGAGGGACGUGGGUUCCCUGGUGGCCAGUGGGGUGGUCGGGAGCCAUCAGAGUGCCCUUGUGGCCAAGAAGACCAAUGGCAGCCCGAGGUGCAUUCCAAAGAGCGUGGCCAGCCGGGCAAAAGACGUUCUCCUCUCCCUCUACUCUGCCCCGGUGCGGCCACAUCUGGAGUCCUGUGUCCAGUUCUGGGCUCCACAGCUCAAGAAAGACAGGGAACUGCUGGAGAGUCCAGCAGUGGACUACAAAGACGAUGAGGGGCCUGGAGGAGCAUCUUCCUCGGCAGGAAAGGCUGAUACACCUACUGCUGUUUAGCCUGGAGGGCACCUUCUCAAUGCUUAUCAGUACUGAAAGGGUGGCUGUCAAGAGGAUGAGGCCAGACUUUAUUCCCUGCUGCCCAGCAACAGC